AUGGAAAAAGGGUUAUCAUCUGAUUUAAUCAUUGCAUUUGUUGCAAUUGUUUUACAUGUUGUCAAUUAUAAUGUUACAGCACAAUUCGAAUAUAAAACUAGAUAUUUUACAAAGUUAAUUGGUAGAAAUGCAAUUUACUAUUAUGCAGUUUUUUUAAUUAUUUCAGCAUUAAUUAGAGAUCAUUUUAUCAAUGUUGCAGUAUUAUCAGAUAAAGAUUCAAUCAUAUUAUUCCCAACUGAAAUUGCAAAUAUGAUUGGUGAUAGUUGUUUUAUUUUUGGUAUUUUAUUAAAUAUUUGGACUUUAAAAGCAUUGGGAAUUAAAGGAAUGUAUAAUGGUGAUAGUUUUGGUCACAUUAUGGACUCACCAGUAACUGGUGGACCAUAUCAAUUUUUCAGUGAUCCACAAUAUGUUGGUACUACUAUCGCUGCUUUAGGUGUUGCUAUUAGAAAUCAAAGUAUUUAUGGAUUCUUAUGUACAAUUUUGGUAGGUGUUGUUUUUUACAUUUCAGCUACAUUUGUUGAGACACCACAUUUGAAAAAUAUUUAUUCAAAUAGAUCUUAUUCAAAAAUCAACUUUAAAAAUUUAAAAUCAUUAAAAAAUUAA